AUGGCAAGAUUCUCUCAACCAGCCUUUGACUUUUACCACCAGACUCCCUCUGCCCUGGACCAAAAACCACAAUCAGCAUCAUCAUACCCAGAAGACGACGACAUGAGCGUAUUAGACGACAAGAUCCUUGACUCCACCUCCCCCGACCUCACAUCAGUUGCCGACCACCGAAGGCAUUCAUAUGAGCAUGGGCCGGAGGCCUACCAACAUCGAGAUUCAGUCUGGUCCGAUUUCUCCCAAUCAGUCUCCAGCAACCAGUCUCGUCACAGCUCACACGUCGCCCACCCAUUCUUUGAAUCUCCCCAUGCUCCCUACAUGAGAAUGGAUAACGGUCUACCCUACGGUCAAGCACAGCCGUGGACUAUGACGAAAGACUCCGGUUCAUGUACCCCUUCUGCCAUGUAUGACCACUACUCUACCGACAUGGACAACACUUCGGUCGCGCCCUUUGCCGGCGGUGCUGUCGGUCCGGUAAAUACUGUCAAUAUGCCCUCCAUGUCAUAUCGCCAGCAUAUCCCUUUCGCGCCACCCGGCGCUGUUGCCAUGUCGCCGCAAUCAAGUCAAGGUUGGAUGCCCGCCUCGACCGAUAUGCCCGAUCCUGGAUCGCGACCGAAGAACAGCCCUACCUACCGGAAUAGCUCCCCUCUGAGCGUCCGUCGGGACGGCAUUCGGAAGAAGAACGCCCGUUUUGAGAUUCCUGCCGAGCGCACUCUGAGCAAUAUCGACACACUCAUCAGCCAAUCUACCAAUGAGGAUGAGAUCAAGGAGUUGAAGCAGCAGAAGCGCUUGCUUAGGAAUCGUCAGGCUGCUCUUGAUUCUCGGCAGCGCAAAAAGCAGCACACCGAGAAGCUUGAAGAAGAGAAGAAGCGCCAUAUGCUCGAAAUCAGUGAGCUUGAGGAUGCGCUGCAGAGUCUGCGACUGCGGGAACAGGAGCACGCUCGCGAGAAGAACGAAUGGCUCACCAUCCAGCAAGAAAUGGUUCAGUACAUCAACAGCCAACAGGUGGAGAAGGAUGAACUGAUUCGAGUUCAUACUCUGGAGACCGCGGAACUUCGAAAGAAGAACAACAUUCUGAAGGAGACGGUGGAGAAGCUGGAGCGCCACGCAAGAUCGAAUGUCACCAACGACUUCGGCGACUUUGAGAAUCUGACCAUGGAGAGCAGUCCCUGGGAAGAUUUCACCAUGGUCAACGGUCUCUCCCUCGAUACCGAGCCCGUAGCCCCUCAGCCAUCGCAAGCUAUGGUGGUCGCUACGAGCGACAAGGCCGAAAAGGCUGCAAAUGCCGACUAUCCAUUUAGCUGGAACGCAUUUUACAUGUGUCUCCUUUUCGGCGCCUUCAUCGCGUCCAACAGCACGUCGCUACCCGCCCGCUCCCUUCCCCGUCUUUCGGAGGAAUAUCGCGCGGAGUCUGCCAACGUCCUGAAGGCUGUUCUGUCUUCGUCCCCGCCAGAGCUUGCGCACUCAUCGGCAAACCAUCCUGCAGUUUCUGCGUCGGCUGGUCCCCUUCCUACCACCAUCACCGGUGCCGAGAUGGCUCAGAUGACUGGGGCCGCGCCAACGUCUAACCUUGACGAGCUCCACAACACUCUCGCGAUGCCGACCAAAGAGCAGGAGCAAGAACAAGUCUUUGCCCUCAACGCUGAGCAGUACAACUCUCUGACCACCUUUGAUGAAACUGGCGCCGGCUACAAGUCGCAGCAACCCUCCAACCUUCAGCAGGCAUUGGCCGCAAUGCGAGGUAACGCUGCACGGGCCAGGAUGCCUCACAAGGCUACCUCCGAUGUGUAUUCCCGGUCGCUUAUGUGGGACCGCGUUCCCGAAAAGGUGAUUCGUGACUUUCAACGCAUGGUUUCGGAGUACGGCGCUUCCCCCGCCAGAGAGGAAAACCCAGGAUUCAACCAAGCCUGA